AUGCCCGGGCUCGCGAGUAAGGGGAGGGCCGAGCCUGAACGCGCUGUGUCCCCUCAGCCAAUCAGGGAGCCCACGACAAAGACGACACCGGCCAUAGUGCGCGAACGGCGCACGAGCACGUCCAACCCGGCUAUCAAGCGGUACAUGGACCACGUCUCUCACUUCUCGCCCGUCCCCAAGCCCGAGCCUAUCCGCACUCGCACCUUCAGCACACCCACCGCUGACCGCUUCCGCGUCGUCCAAGCCGGACUAUGGAAGGCCCAUCACGCCCAAGACUGCAACAUUUACGGCUACACCGAGGGCUGUAUCACCCGCUCCGGCGCCUGCGCCUAA